UUGUUUGAAUAUGCAGGAAGUUAUUGGCACUACGAAAUUGGUGAGCGUCACAUUCGCUUGUUUCGAAUUAAAGCUGUCUGUUACCUGAACUGUUCCAGCCAGCUUUCUAGUGAAUGUUCGGGUGGAGGCGUUUCCGCAGUUCUCCAUGAAGUCCAUCUCGCCAUUGAUUGUUGUAACGCUGCUUCUGACCACGAGGAUUCUACAAUCUCUCGGUGAUCAAAACCAGCAUGUGAGCGAGUGUGCUAAAGAAUCCAGCUUAGUUUACGAAGAGAAAGGCGAUGUUACGGUCACCGUCCUGCUGGACUUGACACAGGGUCCGCAAUGCAAUCAGAAAAAUGCUGCAUCCAUGCAAAGCAUGAACGGGAUUCUGCAAACGUUUCAAACACUCAACUCGAUUCAGUAUUUAAAAGAUCUACGAAUUGGUAUUCGAAUAUUUGACACAUGUGGCCAGGAGAGCAUAGCGCUGCAAGCCGUCUUGGAAACUGCUCUUGAGGCAAAUUUAACGCAUGGCUAUUCAUGCAGAGUGGGCGUUUACUUAGGUUUCCUUUUCCCCGUUCGUUCUUAUCCCUCUGCGGUACAACUACUGUCUGUGCUAAAUUUACCUGCCACUGACAUCUCAUAUUGGCAAACAACUUCUCCUCUGGAUGCUGUUUCGGAUCUUCUCGUUCGACUGCGAUGGUCAUCGAUCGCAGUAAUUAGCCAAUCUAAGCAAGCGUUGCUCAGCUUUUCGAAAAAAGCUGGUGAACGUAGUAUCUGUAUUGUGGCGCAAACAGUGCUUUCCCCGAUUAAUAGUAGGACGAAAGAAAUGACAGUUCGAGCCGUUCGACGAUCAAAACGAUCCGGGUCAAAAGUAUACCUUUUGAUUGGUUCCAGUGAAUUUUUAUUAGCCGUUCUUCCACACUUUCAAGCAAACAACACGACGAGCUCCCACUACAAAUACGUGCUCGUGGCAGCCGAUAACUGGAAUUCAAAUUUUACGGAAGAAGUGGCGGCGAUCGCCCAAGAAGCUUUUAUCAUUCGCCCACAAAGAGUGCUAACGGACGAUAAUGUCUCAGCACGAGUUCUGUAUUCGCUGAUCAAGCAGUUCAAGAACCAUUUAUCAAGCACCUGCAGCGACAAGAUAAACGCUUGUGAUUUUGAACCUCAUCACUUGAUAAAGAAGACCACGCUCGCAGAGGAGGAUCUACGAAUUCUUAAACUUUCUACUGACAUUAGCAUCUACAACGAACUAUUUCCUGUCACCUAUGUGUCAAAGAAGAGUGCCAAAGGUCCGCAAACUAUCGUUGAGGUUGGCAAUAUCCACGAGGAUAAGUUCAUUCCUACACGAAACAUGGACGUUGUACGAGAAGAGAUAACAGAGUGCAAAGAUUGUCUGUGCACAAACGUCGAUUCUUCCUCAGGCUUUAUCUUCCAACUUAGCACCGAGUUACACAUCAUCAUGAUUGGCUCAAUUUCUAUCUUAGGCAUCUUAUUAACUCUAACUGGCACGAUGUUUAUAUUUCAUAUUCAGUGCUGCUCAAAUCACGAAGAUAGAUCAGGCAACUUUAUCUUUUUACUGUUAGUUGCUAUCCUCGUGCUCUUUUUGGUCAGCCUCCUUUAUCUUUUGGUACCUAGUAACGUCCUCUGCCUAGGCCGUGUUAUCGCUUUGAGUGGAGCUUAUACUUUUUUUCUGGCUUCCAUAUUUUCAACCGCGGCAACAAGCCUGGUGGGUACUCGACCGGAUGACAAGUCUGCCCGCCUAUGCAUUCAGAUGCUUCUUUUCGUUCUGGCAAUCAGUGUCCAAGCCCCCGUUUUGACAUAUGAGACGCUCUUUCGCGAUGACACUUUACAGAUCAACAAAAUUUUGACUGAUUAUGGCCCAAAAACGGAGUGCAUUCUUGAUGAUUUACUGUCGCUGAAGCUAUUUUUGUACCCUACCAUACUACACGGGAUUGUCAGCUUAGGAAGUCUAAUCAUCAUUUAUCAUCACUGGCACGUUUCAGCCAUCAAAAUCAACCUCAGCGUAUCUUCAUUGAUCUGCUUAUUGAUCAACAUAACGUGGAGUGUUUUAUAUUUUCAGAUUGGAAAUGAAUGGCGAGAUGUCAUCAUUCUUGCAGGAAUCCAAGGAAAUGCUUUCGUAAUCCUUUUCGGAGUUGUCCUUCCAAAAAUCGUUAUGGGUUUACAAAACCUUCAUCAUUCUUUUCCUCCAAAAGCGUGGCAAGUUGCGGGUAAUACCAGCGAUCCGGAUGAUCAGGCAAAUUCGUCGCUCACACCACCUCCUACCCGACCAAAUCAACAGCACAUCUAUGCUAUUCCUAGUGAAUAUGACCGACGAUCAUCCGGUUCAGAUUACGACAAUCGUAAUACCGGCAUGUAGAAAAAUCGAGGAGGGAUUAAGUUGAUUAAAAUAAUUAAUUUAUAAUUUGCGAUCGCGGAGGGUUCCCGUUGUAAAGUGCAAACCGCAAUUUCCUACAAGAAAUAAAAGGUAUGACCAUUGCAUUUUUAAAGAGCUAAUAAAGUAAGACAUGCAGAUU